AUGGAAGAAAUACUAUUUUGCAGAGCGCUUCCCACAAAUACUACAGGUCAGUGCUUGCAUAACAUGUUUCUUGAAGCUACGCAAGAUAUGAAUAUCGAUUGGGCAAAUAAAUGCAUUGCUAUUUGCAGCGACGGAGCAAAAGCGAUGACUGGUGCGAAGAGUGGAUUUAUGGCUAGGCUGAAACAACUGAUGCCAAACGCUUGUUGGGGAAAGCGUUGCAGAUUGUUUCGGAUUAUUUGUGAAGAUAUGGGGGCGGCACUCCACCAACAUUUACUUUACCAUCCAGAGGUUAGGUGGUUGUCAAAAGGCAAAGUACUGACCAGAGUUAUGGAACUUCGUGCUGAACUUUUAAUAUAUUUACAGCAGACCAAGUCAAAAUACUCUGAAUUCAUUUGCGACCCGGAAUUUCUUUUAAAAUUAGCUUUUCUUUCUGACUUAUUUGAGCAUUUAAAUAUCUUGAAUAAAAGUCUUCAAGGGAUAGAUGAAAAUGUCAUUACUGCAAAAGACAAAAUACAUGGCUUUACAAAAAAUAUUGACUUGUGGUCGUCGUCUAUAAAUCAAAAUAACUUCGAUUCAUUUUCGUCGACACAAUCUUUUACUGAAGCAGUCGGAUGUGAGAUAAACAUCAAGGCAUAUAUACCUGGUAUGAAAAUGGUGUUAGAUAAUUUGAAAGAAGAAUUAUGUCAUUACUUUUCAGUGCAAGAGACAUCGGAGAACACUGGGCAGAGGUGGAUCUUAAAUCCGUUUUUAAAUGCAGCUAUAAAUGAGGUUAAUUUGUCAACUAAGCUCAAAUAG